AGCAGCAACGGGAUCUAACGGCCCACAGACUCUGUCCCUUUAAAGCAGCAGUGACGCGAGUUCACAGCUUAGGAUGAAGAAAUACCGUUAAAGUCCCGUAUCUGGACCUGUCCCUGAACUGUAGGACGUUAAACUGUUAAAUCAUGUAACAUAGUGAGUGGUUAGUGGAUUGUUGUCGCUCUGACAUCUACCUGGUCCAGGUGGAGGUUUACCUGCUGUGGGCUCCUUCAUGCAUCACGCUGAAGGAAAACUGGACAAAACAAACGUGACCAUUACAGAUUACUGCAUGACUUAUUCUAAUGUCUGUUACUGUGUUAUGGCCAUAGAUGUGUUCACAGGGAUGUCAGGUCUUACAGCGUAAUUAGUGCUUAUAAUGACUGCAUGUGAAAGUACAACUUUUCCCUUCUGACUGAUUAAACAGCCACAGAGAGACACAAACAAACUGAAAUAGAUGCAAGAUGCUGGUUGUUUUCUCGUCUGACUGAUAAACUGCCAGAUCUCUGGUAUUGUGUCUGAGCUGAUGGAAGCAGCAGCUAUCUGGUUAGAAGGUGUAGCUGCAGUACCAUGUUGGCCUGACGGCGGCGCUGCAGCCACAGGUUGAUCCUCAGCAGCUCCAGGUGUUGGAUGUGUGUGCAGGUGAUGCUCUGACCUGCAGCUGCGCCGAUGGAGGACCUCUGGAGCGCCGCUGCAGCUGUUUUCCAGCUGUGGCUGUUCGUCGUCGUCUUCCUCAUCAUGCUGCCCGCCAUGUUCGGCCUGUCGCUGGGCGUCACCGGCGUCUACAUCCAGGUCCUGGUCAAGAUCCUCGAGUCACAGAACCUGUUGUGUUCUUGUCUGACGGACCCGGGCCUCCGUGUGCUGCCUCCAGGUAUCAUCGAGCGGGCCGGCGGCUCCAUGCAGGAGGUUCUGGGGCAGCAGUUCUCUCUGAGCGACGUCUCGUUCUUCAGUAAGAAAGGUCUAGAGAGCAUCGUGGACGACCAGGUGACGCAGCGCUUCUCCUCCGAGGAACUCGCCUCCUGGAACCUGCUCACCAGAACCAACCAGAACUUCCGAUACAUCAGCCUCCGGCUCACCGUCAUCUGGGGCGUUGGCGUCUUCAUCCGCUACUGUGUCCUAUUCCCCCUCAGGUCAGGUCCACUUCCUGUCUCCUCUUCCUCAGGUCAGGUUCACUUCCUGUCUCCUGUUCCUCAGGUCAGGUCCACUUCCUGUCUCCUGUUCCUCAGGUCAGGUCCACUUCCUGUCUCCUGUUCCUCAGGUCAGGUCCACUUCCUGUAUUCUCUUCCUCAGGUCAGGUCCACUUCCUGUAUUCUCUUCCUCAGGUCAGGUCCACUUCCUGUCUCCUAUUUCUCAGGUCAGGUCCACUUCCUACUCAGAGCUCAUGUUGCAGCUAAAACCAAACUUCCGAUCCUGAUCUUUCCAGAAGGAACCUGCAUCAACAACACGUCUGUCAUGAUGUUCAAGAAGGGGAGCUUCGAGAUCGGAGGGACCAUUUAUCCCGUCGCCAUCAAGUACGACCCUCGGUUCGGAGACGCCUUCUGGAACAGCAGCAAGUUCAACAUGGUCAGCUACCUGCUGCGCAUGAUGACCAGCUGGGCCAUCGUGGUCAACGUGUGGUACCUGCCGCCCAUGACCCUCCAGGACGGGGAGGAUGCAGCUCAGUUUGCCAACAGAGUGAAGUCUGCCAUCGCCAACCAGGGCGGCCUGCUGGACCUGGCCUGGGACGGCGGCCUGAAGAGGUCCAAGGUGAAGGACUCGUUCAAGGAGGAGCAGCAGAGGCUGUACAGCAGCAUCAUCGUGGGACAGAACGGAUCAGCCGUCAGUAAUCAGUAAUCAGCGUCUCCUCCUGGUCCCGUGGUGACGAUGAACCCGUGACCCGUCUGACUUGUUCUGCUGCUGCUGCUUCUGUGAGGAGCUGCAGCGCCCGGUUCCACCAGCAGGAGGCAGCACGACACAACAAACCAGCUCGUCUUCAUCCUCAGGAACCAGACGGGUUUGUGUCUCCUCCACUCAGCGUCUGAUCCAGAUCCAGUGUGUGACAGCAGAGCAGCUUUCUUUAAUCUUUGUGUUGUUCAAACAUCGGAUCAGAACUGAAGGAUCACCGUCUCCUCGCCUCACAUCUGGACCAGUGACACCAGUGACACCAGUGACACCAGUGACACCAGUCAUCUACACGCUGAGCUUUUACUGACUGACAGGGACUUCAAUCUGAAACAAUCACAGGCUUUUCUCCUUUAAAUCUGUGAAAUAUCUGAAUUUCUUUUUGUAAAUUUUCAGCUUUAAUUGAACAAAUAAAUUAUAAAAGCCCCAAAUUAUCAGCAGCUCAUCUCACACCAUGUUCUCAGAGAAUUUAGAUUUUUUCUCUCUUCAAUUUGUGCCUUUAAUUGAACAAAUUCUGUCUUUUUUCUUCUAAACUUGUGCCUGAAAUCCCCAAAACACGAGCAGUUCAUCUCACACACGUCUGACGUGAUUAUCAGUCACAGAACAGUUUUUUUUCUUUCUAGUAAAUUUAUGCCUUUAACUGAACAAAUAAAUUAUAAAAACCCCAAAUUAUCAGCAGCUCAUCUCACACGUUGUUCUCAGAGAAUUUAGAUUUUUUUCUUUUAAACUUGAGCCUUUAAUUGACAAAUUCUGUUUAUUUUAGUACAUGUGUGAACCUAUUGUUUGAGAAUAUCAGAAUUAUUUUCUAGGAAUUUGUUCCUUUCUUCUCAGUGAAUUUAGAUUUUUUUUCCUCAUAAAUUUUUAACUAAACAAAAAUCCUAAACCUGUGAGUUUAUUCUCAGAGAACUGUUUUUUUUCUUCUAGUAAACUUGUGCCUUUAAUUGAACAAAUGAAUUAUAAAAGCCUCAAAGUAUCAGCGGUUCAUCUCACACGUUAUGCUCAGAGAAUUAAUUUAAACAAAAAUCCAAAACCUGUGAGUUCAGUCUCAGACACUUGUAGUUUUCUUGUACGUUUGUAAUUUAAUUGAACAAAUUCUGUUUUUUUUUCUUCUGAACUUGUGCCUUAAAUCUCCAAAACACGAGCAGUUCAUCUCACACACGUCUGACGUUAUUAUCGGUCACAGAACAGAGUUGUUGGUGUUUUUUUUCUAGUAAUUUGUGUCGUUAUUCUCACAGAAUUUAAUUUUUCUUUCCUCGUAUAUUUUAAACUGAAUCCAUCCCAACCUGACUCUCAUCUGCACACCGUCCUGGUUUCUCUGCUAAUCUGAGCGUUGGUCCCAUAAAUCUGUGGCCUUCAUUAAAAAGACGUCUCAUCGUGGUGGUGUCCAACCUGCGGGCCGAGGCCCCUCACAGGGUCGUGGGUUCCACCUGAAGGGUCCACACGAGAAACGUCUUAAUGUGAAAAUACCAGCAGGAAGUUCGUCUAUUCAGUAAAUUCUGUUUGUAGAACAUGAAUAAAAAUAAUAAAACGAUG